AUGCCGAGUCGUCUAUAUCUCGCUUACUUCACCUCCACAGAGCCAUUUCCCGCGGCCAAAACGACCGCCGCCGCAACAUCUACCUUCUCUGGUCCCACAGCUGCGCCUUCUUCCACGGUGGCUCUCAGUCCUCAAACCAAAGAGGGUGUUGAACUGGGCGUGUCUUUGGGAGUCUGCGCCUGCGCCUGGCUAGGAGUCUUGGUUCUUCUUCGGUACCCUCGGCGUAAGCAGCAAUCUCGCAUUGGACGUAUGAGCUCUGUGGCAGAUCCUAAUGAUGUUCCUGAGGCUAUCGAAGAUAAGUCGACAGCAGGGAGUAGCAAUGGGGAGGGCUCAGAUGGUUUCUCUGAGCUCCACGGGGCAGAGGUGAACGGCUAUCAGAAUGAGUUGGAGGGGUCAAUGGCGGAAGGAAGGGAGGAGCUUCCUUAG